GAAAUAGAAGGAUCUGUGUGGAGGGUGUGUUUCCCUUUAAACGCUCCUGUGAGCAGCAGAGAUCAGCAGACGUUGGAGGGGACGGUCGGCCUCGGCAGCUCGGACAGCCGUGCAGGAUGGCCCGAUAAACACCUCUGUUCGAAGCGAUGUUCAGAUUUUUUUGCCAUGGAAAUGGAUAUGAUACCGAAAUUCUCCUCAAAGGAUGAGGAAAUCGACUUCUGGAAGGCUCUUUCCCUCAAGUACAAGAAAGGCUGUGAGGAGGCUCAGGAGGAGCUGCUGGAGUUUCAGGAGGGGAGCAGGGAGCUGGAGGCUGAGCUGGAAGCACAGCUCGGCCAGGCCGAGCAUCGAAUGAAGGACCUGCAGUCUGAGAACAACAGACUCAAGAAUGAGGUUGAAACGCUCAAGGAGAAGCUGGAGCAGCAGUACUCUCAGAGCUACAAGCAGAUCUCCAUGCUGGAGGACGACCUCGGGCAAACGCGCAGCAUCAAGGAGCAGCUCCACAAAUACGUCAGAGAGCUCGAGCAGUCCAACGAUGACCUGGAAAGAGCCAAAAGAGCAACUAUCGUGUCUCUUGAGAACUUCGAGCAGCGUCUGAACCAGGCCAUUGAGAGGAAUGCCUUCCUGGAGAGCGAGCUGGAUGAGAAGGAGUCGCUGCUGGUCUCGGUGCAAAGAUUAAAGGAUGAAGCCAGAGAUUUGCGGCAGGAGCUCGCCGUGCGAGAGAGGCAGGCAGACGUAUCCAGGAUGUCCGCUCCGAGUUCGCCCACACAGGACAACGUGAAGAUGGACACGGCUGUGCAGGCCUCCCUCUCCCUGCCGGCUACCCCACUGAGCAAAGGUCUGGACAACGCCUUUGCCAACCAAACAGUGCUAUCAAAUGGCUAUGGCAGUAACUCACCUCUGACCCCCUCAGCCAGAAUAUCAGCCCUCAACAUUGUCAGUGAUUUGCUCCGGAAAGUUGGGGCUCUCGAGUCGAAGCUCGCCGCCUGCAGGAACUUUGCCAAAGACCAGAAAGCUCGGAAGGCGUACGCUCUCGACAACAGCAACGCCCUGAAUGCAAACUACUCCCAAGCGCUCCAUACGUCAUAUUUUGAUAAAGCCAGGACUGAGAUGGUCAUAUUCCCUGCAUUAAUUUGGGCAGGACCGUGAACGGACUGGAAGCUGGUACCCGGAUGGCCAUCACCGCCCCUCCCGCCGCCUCCUCCCCCGGUUUAGUGCCCCUGGCUUUGUGAUGCCAACAUGAAACGCAACAGGAAGAGAAGGCGCAAGAAGAGGGAACACGAAAGGCUAAUACUGUAAAACUUACUGUUAUGGUGGCUCAUCUUCUCGUCUUCCCGCGCUGCCUCUCUCUCUGUCUGUCCUCACUUGUGCUUCAUUUGCUGUAAAUUUGGGAUCCUGUCUGUAUAUGAUGUGUUACUGUAUCCACUGUUUGCUCACAAAGACUGUAAAGCCCCCCCUCUGCUUUUGAUUCCUCAAGGAUCUCCCCUGACACGAGAGGUGGUUUCAAAGAAUAGUAUAUCGUCUGGAAAGGGAAAUAUUAUGCAAUUAGUCUUGGAAAUGAUGAUGAUGAUGAUGAGAUGCUCUAAAUGUUGUUUUUCUUUUUUAAAUCUAAGCAACCUUUUCACUGAUCUUUAACUUGAAAUGACCACUUGAAACCAAGUAACUUGAAACCACUGCUGAACCCUCUAAUUAUAAAAAUCAGCAGGUUUAUUGGAUGCAGAUGUCCUAAAUAAAUGUGUGCCAUGUGGCCCAUGACUCCAUCAAUUAUUGAGGUUUCCAAGAGCCUUUCCGGUUUUAAACAUCAUCCCUGACGUCUAGGUAGUGAUUUUGGGUGAUUCUGGCUUUCGGCGUCAUCCUCGUGUGUUUGUAUUUGACUUCUUAUUUAGUUCCACAGAGUCGGGGAGUUUUUCAGUGAGCCAAACACACCAUGGAACUUCUGAACCGUGUGACAUGACGUGUACAGUAUUGGUCAUAUUGAUCGUUAUUGACAGGCAGCCAGUUAAAGUAGUGCUGUCAUAGUGUUCGGACCAGUUAACCAGCAUUCUUACAGUCUGAGGUCGAAACGUUUUAUCCACAUUUUGUUCUUUGAGUUGAUGCACAAACUUUUCUCAGUUGCAAGUGAAGCACUUUGACCAUGUUUAGUUUUUUUGUUUUUGUUUUUUCCUCCAUUUUUCAUUCGAGUGCAAUAUUGCCUGUUUGUGGGUUUAAUUUAUUUCAGAUUUCUUUUAUAGCAUGUUUAAAUAAAAGAUGUAAUUAUACCACACUGA